AUGCCUUGCAAUAAUGCUGCCUUCCCACAGUCAUGUAAUGGUUUGCCAGCCACAGACCUGGACCGAUCUUCUCCUUUUAUAAAGAAGCAGAGUUUCAGAGAAUCAGCUCUCUUUCUAGUUAGUGGCAAAGCUAGUCUAGAACCUAGGUCUCUGGAAUUGGAGUCCAGUGCAUGCUCUAUUGUUGUGUUAUGGUUUAUUGAAAUGGCCACUAUGAAGGAACCAACUGUUCACCCUCCCAUACCUCCAAAGCCCAGUUCUCCUGUUUCAUCUCCUAACUGGCUGAGACGGGAGAAUAGGCAGAUAUGUCCACCUAAACCAGGUGUAUAUACAGAAACCAACAGAUCUGCUGAAAGAAAUAUAAGGAGUCAGGAUCUCGAGAACAUUGUCAAAGUGGCCACUUCACUUCAGAAAACUAACAAGGGUGAAGAAUUGGAUAAUCUCAUCAAAAUGAACAAAAGCUUGAAUAGAAAUCAAGGUCUUGAUGGUCUCUUCAGAGCAAAUCCUAAGGCAGAGCAAACAGAGAAAAGAGCCAAAAGCCUUGAAAAUCUCAUUUUUAUGAAUACUCGAACAGACAAAGACGGAAAAGGAAACCAAGGCCUUGGAAGUCUUAUUAAAGUUAAUCAAAGGACUGACAAAAAUGAGAAAGGAAGCCAAGAUCUCGAAACGAUUAUCAAAGUGAAUGCCAGGACAGAUAAAACUAGGAGAGGAGGUGAAGACCUUGAUAAUCUUAUCAAAGCAAAGCCCAAAGGAAGUGAAAACGCCACUGGCAAACAAGAUCUCAAUGGAUUUAUUAAAGUGAAUCCUGAAACAAAUAAAAAUAUCAAGAGGGGCCAGAGCCUUGACAAUCUCAUUAAAGUGACUCUUGAAGUAAACAGAAGUAAUGCAAGUUCCAAAGAUCUUGAUAACCUCAUCAAAGUGGUUCCAAGAACAGGAAAAAGCAUGCAAGGGGGCCAAAGUCUUGACAGCCUCAUCAAAGUGUCUCCUGAAACAAACAGAACUAACCAAAGCAGGAAAGAAGGUCUUGAUGAACUUAUUAAUGUGCGCCCCAAAGCUGUCAAAAACAUGGCUGGAAAUCAAGAUCUUGAUAAGCUCAUCAGAGUGAAUCCUGAAACUCUCACCAACAACCAGAGAAACCAGGAUCUGGAUAACCUCAUCAAAGUGAAUCCUGCAGUGACCAGAAGCAGUCAGGGUGAAGGCUUGGACAAUCUCGUUAAAGUGAGAUCUUCAGCUCUCAGAAACCCUGAGCGAGACCAAGACCUGAUAAAUGUAAUUGAAGUAAAUUCUAAUGUGCCUAAAAACAAAAAUGGAAGGCUAGAUGGCCAAGUCGAUGGAUCCAUGGAUGCUUUAAACACCCAGCUCACUAGAACUCCUGCCCAUUUGUAUGAAGCCAGGAGAAAUCUCAGCUUCAAUGCUGAAACCAGGCAUGCAGGACCGAAGGAUACCUUUGUGUAUACAAGGACGUAUGUGGAGAACAGAAAAUCACUGAAGGAUGGAUAUCAGAAUAUCUCUGGAAAAUACAUACAAACUGUUUAUUCGACUUCAGAUAGAGCCAGCUUACCUUACAAACAGCUGCGUGGAUAUGCUGCUAUGAUGCACUCUGGGCCCACACUCACUUCUCAAGACAGGGGUUAUAAUGCAUAUCAAUAUGAUCUUAAUAAGGACAACACCAACAUCAGAGCUGUCCCUGGGCUCAUGUUGUUACUGUUAACUUAA